AUGACAGUUAAACUAAUAAUUUUACAUCCAAAAGAAUAUAUAAUUGAAGCAGGAAAAUCACAAAAAAAUGUUAAAACCAAUCCAAACCCAUCAGCGACAUCAAUUAACAUAGAAAAUUUGAGUAAAAGUGAUGAUGGAAGAAUUAGAAUUAUUUCAACAUCAUUCCCUAUGGAAGAGGAUUUUAUUUCUCCUAUUUCCAAAAUAACCAUUAAAAAAAAAUAUAAUAAAAAUCCAAUUGAAAUAAUGAAUUUAGGUACAACAGUUUUAAAAAUAUCAAUUGAAUAA